AUGGACGCUAACGGAGAGGUUCUCCUCAGAGUAAAACGGCGUUGCACCGAGCCCCCAGUAGAAUUUUUCAAUACAGUUCCCGCCAAAAGGAGAUGUCCUGACAACGAACCCACUGGUGUUGCGCACUUUAAGUAUCUCGGUACAUCUUCCUCUACUUGCGAGACCGUAAACAUCGCACUUGAAGAUUUAAGAGACGUCGGUGCUACCGGUGAACGGAAGAUAAUUCUCUCAACGAAGCAUGUUGCACAUAUUUUAGAUUCUUCCCAAGAUGCUGUUCAAUGCGAAGUUCGCAUCUCCAGUGCUCAGUGUAGAGGUUUGAAAAGAAAAGCAGAGGUGUCUGAAGACGGGGCUGUCUCGGAAUCACCUCCAAAUAAAUGCAUUCGUAUUAUCGAUCUCUCAGUUAACGACCAAUCCGCUCUUAUAUCCUCUGCUCUAAAUAACAUCAGAGUUGAUCCCGAGAAUGUUCCACUUGAUGUUAGUUCUGUCUUUGAGGAUAAGUUACAAGUGAAGGAACAUGACAAUGACAGUGGAUUUGUUUAUGAUCUCUACGCAGUUACUCCAGACACUGUAAACGCCUUUGAUUUGUACCCAAUUUUAUCCGACGAGGAUUCUGAUGAAUAUGAUAGGUAUGCUUUCAGGGAUGAUGAAUCGGACCCAAAUAGUGAAUCGAAUUGGCGAAAUGAUUAUCCAGAUGAGGAAUCUCUUUCAUCUUCCUGUAGCGAAAAUGAUGAUGCUGUUGAUGAGCUUUGGGAAAAAGAUGACUACGACGACGUCGAUGGUGAUGAUGAUGAUGAUAGAUAUGGCUUUAUUUACUGA